AUGUCUGACGUCGUGGUUGCUGUCUGGAUGGGGCUCCCGAGCGCAGCACUCGAGGCUGGGAGGGCGGAUUGGCGGUUCGGUGAUGCCAAGAUGACGAUGGACGAGCCCGAGGCUGCUGGCUUUGGCUUUCGUCCCUGCGCACAUGGAAGUGCUCACAUGGAAGCACCGGAUGGGACACGAUUGGGGUCCUUGACAACACAGCGCUGGCUCUGUCAGCGCCCUUGAAUAGCUCGCUGAACCCUGUCUGUGCAGUAUUACCGCCACCGUUAUUCGUUUGUUCCAAGGGCUCCGACGCACCACAUCAAUUAUCCAUCAGCCGAGCACAUUCAUUCAUUCAUUAGGGCACAUCCAUCAACGCACGCACUCGGACAACAGACAAGCUGACCGCAUCUACCUGGCACCUGUAACUCUGGCGCCCCUCGGUUGGGCCAUCGCCCCUCGUUUCCAAUUUU